GUAACGUAGUUAUAGAAAUCCGAAGAUUAUUCUUUUACAGACUAGAAAUGUCUGAUUUUACACUAUUAGAUAGAAAAUAUAUAUAUGUAUAUAUAUAAAUUUGUUAUAUUAUUAUAUUUAUAACAUUAAUACUCAACAGUAAUAAAAGUAACCUAAAUAUCUCGAUUAUAUAAUCUUUAAUACUUUAUGAUGUAUUAUUUGACACAAAUAAAAUAUAUUUUACAUACGUGAAGUUACAAAUUAAAAAUAAUGGGUGAUAUAAAAGAAAAAAAAAUGGGAAAAAAUGAAAAUCAUAAUGAGGAAGAAAUUUCAUCUGCAUCAGGAAAUACUCAAUCUACUGAUAUUCAAUCAACAGAUAUAAAUAAAGAACAAACAAAAACCAAUAAAUCUUCAGGAAAAAGUAAGAAUGUAGAAGCUAUUGAUGCACAGCAAUCAUUGGCUAUACAACGAGAUACAGAAACUGUAAAACAAUUAAAGAAUCAAUUAGAAACUUUAAUGAAUUCUCUGGCAACAUUAUCCGCAGAAAAAUCAAAGAUGGAAGCUAAUUUUCAAAGUGAUAGAAAACAAUUAAGAAUGGAACGUGAGGAAUGUGAAAAGGUAAUUAGAGAAUUAAAGGAAAAAUUAAAAAAGGGGCAAAAUCACAAUGUAUCUGAAAUAGAACAUGUGAAGUGUAAAUUAAUCAUGGAACGCCAUGAAAGAGAAAAAGAAAGAGCAAAUCAUGCAUCUACAAUAAAGGAAUUACAAAAGAUAUUAAAUGAAGAACUUCGUAAUAAAGAGCAAUUAGAACAGCAAAUGAAAAAUUUAUUUGCUAAUAAAACACAAUGUAAAAUUCUUGAAGCAGAAUUAGAAAUAACCAAAAAUAAGUUGAAACAAGCAGAGGAAGCAGCUAAAGAAACGCCACCUCUUCUUCUUUCUUUGCAAGCUGAAAUGGUUGCUAUAAAGAAGCAACAUCGCUAUGCUAUACUUGAAGAACAGAGAAGAGCAGCUACUGCAGAGCAACAAGCUAGAACAUUAGCUAUGACUCAUGAAACAAGAGUAGCUGGUUUAGAAUCUCGUUUAGCUGAACUUUCUGAAACAGUAGGAGAAUAUGAUAGAUUAAGGCAACAAGAUCAGCGCUCUAUUCAAAAUCUUAAGGACCAAUUAUCUAAUAUGCAAGAUGUGGAACACAAAGAAUGUGUCAAUAUGCCAAGUGAACCAGAAGAAAUAAUUUCCAAAAUAAAAAUACUAUAUGGACGUUUAUUAUAUUUAGAUAAUAAAAAGGAAGAUUCAGCUUAUGUUGAGUCACUAUUAAAACAUUUAGAGUUAAAUGGUAAAUACAAUGAUUCUGAGUAUAAAGAAAAGUAUGAAACUCUGUUACAAGAAUUCAAAAUGCACAAAGAGCAAGUACCAACUAAAUACGAUGUUGAUACAAGUCUUUUACGUAAAGGGCACCAACAAAUUUAUAACUUAAUGGAUUUACGUGAUAAAGAAAAUAUUAAAACUCAAUUGCAUUUACUAAAAACUCAUAAUAACAAUUUAGAAGAAAGAAUUCGCACAUUAAAUAGCAAAUUAAUACAGAAAGAAAAAGAAUUGCAGAUAAAAAUAGAUUAUUACCAACAGUUAUUACAAGAAGAACGUGCCAAAUCAGAACAUGUACUAUCACAAAAGGAAAAUGAAUUUCGUAGUAAAAUAUGUACAUUAGAACAGCAAUUACUUCGUCAAAGAGAACGAUCCGUCGCACUUGUUCAAGAAAAAGAGAAAGAAAUCUUAACAUUGAAAGCCUCAUUUCAUGCAUUAAUACCAAAAAAAGAUCCAUCUUUUUGGGAAAGUGAAAGAAAUGUAAUAAAAUCCGAAAAUAAAUCAGAAUCCUCAGGCGAUAUAGUAACAGGACUAUUAAAUAAUGAUAGUCCUCCUAUAUUGCAUUAUACUCAGGAAUUAGCAAGACAUGAAGUGCAAAUAUCAUCGACUAGAAAGAGAAUAUUAGAAUUAGAGGCAUUAUUAAGGGAAAAAGAAAGACAAUUGCUUCAUAUAACUGAGAAACAUAAAGAAGAAUUAAAAGCUGUACAAACACAAGUGGCAAGGUUGGAAGCAUGUAAAUCUAGAGAAGGUGCGAAUUUAGAAUAUUUGAAAAAUGUACUUAUCAAUUAUUUAACUACAAACGAUUCAUCAAGCAAGCGACAUAUAUUAAAUGCUAUAUCUACAGUGUUACAAUUUACAUCAGAUGAAUUGGAGAAGGUCAAUCAUGUUAAAUAGCUUUUGGAGUUUCAGUAAACAGAUAUCUUUGUACUAUCUUCGAUAGGUUUAAUUGGGGAUUCUAUUUCUAAAGUAACAGGUCCACUAUUUUGUAUGCUAACUUCCAUCAUGGCUCCAAAUAUACCAUCUAUAUAAAACAAUUAAAUUACAUAAAUUUUAU